AUGCAUUGCAGGCCUGGAGAUGCAUCCAUUGCCGCACCGUUCACGUCCAAGGCGCCUUCCGUCAAGAACUGUGUCGAUUUAAUUCGACAAGGUCGGUGCACCCUGCUGUCGGCCCUCCAGCAGCAACAAAUCAUGAUGCUGAACUGCAUUAUCAACGCCUACGUGCUCUCGGCACUGUCCUUAGAAGGCUCUCGCACCUCGGAGAGGCAGUUGAUGGCCUCCUCCUGGCUACUGACAACAGCAUCUCUUGCGUUUACAUAUGCCUCACCAUGUGAUCGUAUGCAUCCUGUCCGUCCUCUACGGUCACUUUUUCAUCCAGCCGUCUUCUUCUCCAUGCUUGGACAGGCUGUGAUACAUCUUUUCUGCAUGGUCGCUGCCGUCAAAAUGGCAAGAGCAGCAAUGGAGGAAGACUCUCCCGAAAGACUAGCAGGCUGGUCUGGGCCAUCGUUGAAGGAUGUAUCAGAGUUCUGGAAGAGAGAGAGAGCCAGACGGCGUGGUUUGAUUGAGCAGGAGGAAGAGGAGGACUGGACCACGUAUGCUUUGAAUAUGUGGCAGCAGCCGUUCUUGCCAAACCUCAUGAAUACCGUGGUGUUUUUGGUGGAGACAGCGCAGACCGUCGCCAUCCUCUUCGUGAACUACAAGGGCCAGCCAUGGAUGAAAGGAGUUAUGGAGAACCGCGCAUUGUUUCUCUCAGUGGUGGUCGUUGCUGGAAGCGUAGCUGCAGCAGCGUGGGAGUUCCAGCCGCACCUCAAUGCCUUGAUUCACUUGUCUCCUUUUCCGAAUGACCAGUUCCGCUGGCAAGUCAUGGGCCUGGUUGGCAUGACGCUGGCGGGCACCUUCAUUUGGGACAGGUUUUGUGUCUAUCUAUUUGCAAGCGAGAUCUUCAAGGCCAUGGUGGACUCUGCCAAGAAGACAACUUUUAGAGCCGACAUUGUGCCAAUCUUCUUCACGGUCUUGAAGGUCAUGGCCUGCUUCGUGGUCCUCGGUACCGGCAACUUGCUCAUGGCUGGCUUGGCCUUCUGGAUGUAUCGCCGCCAUUCGCAGGAAGCUGACGACUAG